AUGGCAUCGUGGCUACAAAUCCCCAAGAAUUCGCCCUUUUCGCUGGCCAACAUUCCGUUCGGCAUCAUCUCGGCCCAAUCCGCAUCAAAAGUCGCUGCAAUUGCGAUCGGUGAUUAUGCACUGAACUUGAGCGCGUUUGCUUCCUCUGGUGGCUUCUCACAGCUUCCCGCAAUUCAGCAACAUUUGGGUGUUUUCAGCCAACCAACACUAAACGACUUUGCUGCCCUAGGUCGCCCCAUGCACCGACAGGUGCGCGAAUAUCUACAGAACGUCUUCCGUGCCGAUACACAAUUCCCUCAGGUUCUCAAGGAAAACGAUUCUCUCCAGAAGUCAGCUCUUCUUCCCUUGUCUCAGGUCACCAACCACGUCCCUAUGCAGAUUGGCGACUACACCGAUUUCUACGCCGGUCUCAAUCACGCCUACAACAUCGGCGUUCUUUUCCGUGGCCCAGACAAUGCCCUUCAGCCUAACUACAAGCAUCUUCCUGUUGCUUACCACGGCCGCGCUUCCUCGGUUGUAGCUUCUGGUACACCCCUCCACCGUCCUCAGGGUCAAAUCCUGGCCAACCCAGCGGCGGACCCCAAGGUUCCUACUUUCUCUCCUUGCAAGAAGCUCGACAUCGAGUUGGAGCUUGCAUGCUUCAUUAGCAAGCCGAAUGAUCUCGGCAAGCCUGUCCCAAUUGAUGAAGCCGAGGACCACAUCUUCGGUCUGGUGCUCAUGAAUGACUGGUCCGCUCGUGACAUCCAGGCUUGGGAAUACGUUCCUCUGGGCCCCUUCAACGCAAAGAACUUUGGUACCACCAUCACCCCUUGGGUGGUGUUGAUUGAUGCUCUUGAGCCUUUCCGCGCUGCCGGUCUGGAGCCUGGCAACCGCGAGUCUCUGCUGCCUUAUCUGCGUGAGAAGCGCGCCGAGAAUGCAUAUGAAAUUCCUCUCGAUAUCGAAGUCACCAACCCGGGUGGCCAGCCUACUAUAAUUGCUAAGAGCAAUUCCCGUAACUUGCUCUACUCCUUCCCUCAGAUGGUUGCCCACCACACUAUCACCGGUUGCAACCUGCGCACUGGUGACUUGCUGGGAUCUGGUACCAUCUCUGGCACUGAGGCUAAGACUCAGGGUAGUUUCUUGGAACAAACGAACGGAAAGACGCCUCUCAAGUUGGCUGAUGGCUCGGAGCGCAUGUUCCUUGAAGACGGUGACACUGUGACUCUGCGUGGAAUGGCUGGUACCGAAGGCAACUAUGUCGGCUUCGGCGACUGUGUUGGUACCAUCCUUCCUGCUGUUUCUCUACAGUAA